AAAACGAUUUUUUAACUUUACCAGCAUUGCGUCUACCUAAAAAUAAUUCGUUGAUUUGUGAACAAAAAAUGUGAUAGGCGUGCAAAGCUCCGGUAUUGUCUUUUAAGUCCAUCGAGCAUGGUAAAUAGCUCACGAUAUUUUUAUAGCGUUUUUUAUACAUAAUUAUUUUUUACCCAACGGAAAUGUAUCGCAAAAUUUGGCAUAAACCUUUACACCAAAGAAAAAUUUGGAAGCAGAUGUCUUUAUUCAGUAAAAUGAUUUACUAUCAGCAGCCAUUCGUUGAGCACCUGGUAUACACAUGGCUCCAGCCGUUGCCCUUUCCAACCAUUCUAAAGGUGGUUUUCAGUUUCAUCUUGGCAAUACUAAUAUUACUGCCCAUCAUUUAUCCAGCUGUGAUAUUUAUUUGGUCAUACACUGAAGUGCAGUACAUACUGAAAAACCACUACGAUAUAGCUUUCUCCGAGAAACUCGACGUCCUCGGCUAUCUGCAACGUCUCUACUCAUUUCGUAUUGUCAACGCGAAGUACAACCUUUUUUUGGUGUUGUACUUGGAACGCUGGCGGAUAGUGGCUACGGCAAUUGCCUCUACAAUUGACUAUGUUAGAUUGGCGUUCUGCUUAGUAUUCAAUCCAUAAUUAAAACCACGCAAUGGGCAACUAUUAAGAAAUGCACACAUGAAAAAAUACGCUGAUGUUGCAAAAAUUCCAAAUAGCAAUGCUUAGCACAUUCAUUUAAAAUGAAUCGGAUUUUUAUUAAGAUUGAUUUUUUCGGUACCAUUUUAAGUUUAGAUAUAUUUAUAUAUGUACGUGUGUAUGUAUGUAUAUAUUUAUAUGCAUUUUGUGUGUAUGUAAUUAUGUACUAUAUGCUGCAUACUUACAUAUGUAUGUAUGGAUUUGUAAACAUUAUAAACUACAAAUAUAAAAAUUCUAUGUAAUUAAGUGCGUAUUUCUGUGUGUGUUCCAGUGAGUAUGCUUGAAAAUUAUGAUAAUUUAGUAGCGAAUUCAUAUUACUUGCUUUUUGCUUGACUUGCGUACAAGCUGCUACGCUGCAAUUUUCAAUUUAAUUUAACACCAUUGUUGCAAGCAUAGCU